AUGGCAACAGAGCAUACCAGCAUGCGGCACAAGUACAUACCCACCAGGGAGGUAAGCACCACAGGGUCCAUGAUCCAGCAGGGAGGUCCAACACCACAAGAGAGUAGGGAUCGGCAGCGGCCAAAGAUGAGGGCAUCCUACAAGAACAACAUCACAGUCAUUUACCUUCUGGGGUUCCAUGACAUGGACAGAUUUAAUGUAUUGCUCUUCAUCUUGCUGCUCAUCAUUUACUGUGUGACAAUAUUAGGCAACUCCUUGAUCAUCACACUGGUGGCCUUCAGCAAGAACCUCCACUCUCCCAUGUACUUCUUCCUCACCCAACUCUCCAUAGCUGACAUCUUGUUGACCACAGAUAUUUCCCCCGUCAUGCUAAAUACUGUGCUACAUCAACGGGCCUCCAUAUCAUUUCCUGGAUGCAUAACUCAGCUUUAUUUCUUCGGUUUAAACGAUGGAGCCGAAUGUUUUCUCUUGACAAUGAUGUCCUAUGACCGCUACCUAGACAUUUUUUCUCCACUGCAUUAUGGCUCCAUUAUGAACCAUGUGCUAUGCAUUAAAUUAAUUAUUUCAUCCUGGCUCUUAGGGGGCUCUGUAGCACUGAUUCUCAUACAUGGAAUAAGUCAACUACAUUUCUGCAGGUCAAAUACAAUUGACCAUUUCUUCUGUGAUUUUUACCCUGUGAUGGAACUUUCAUGCUCAGAUGUGUCCAUGGUUCGAAUUGAAGGCACCUUAAUGUGCAUCCUUGCAAUUGUCUUACCAUUCUUCGUGAUAGUGAUUUCAUAUGUGUAUAUUGCUUCAACCAUUUUGAAGAUAUCCACCUUUUCAGGGAGACAGAAAUCCUUUUCAACUUGUAGCUCCCACCUGACAGUGGUAUCUAUAUUUUACGGGACUCUGAUUGCCACGUACUUGAUUCCAAACAAAGCACAAACGCAGAUCCUCAGUAAGACUUUGUCAUUGCUAUACACUGCGUUGACUCCCUUACUAAAUCCUUUCAUAUACAGUUUAAGGAAUAAUGACAUUAAGAAAGCUUUGAGAAAAGUCAUAUAUAACCAAAAUGCUUCUGAUUCAAAAUUGUGGAUCAAACGUACAAAGAGACAUAAUGUAUAA